UCCACUGCUCUCAGUCAGUCUAGAUCAGUCCGUCUCACAGGACGUCCCUCUGCCCUCUGGUCUGUCUCCAUCUGUCCCAGCAUGGACCACCCUGGUUCUAGGUUCCUGGGCCUCGUGUUCCUGCUGCAGAUCAGCUGUUCUCUCUCUGUUUACAUCAGCAAGCACUCAGGUUCUCUUCAUCAGGUUCUGUCAGAGUUCAGCAUCAUUCGCCCAAUCAGAACUGACUCAGAGGGACGGUUCUGGUCAGCAUCAGUCUCUGCCAACCAACAGCACCGCAGCAAGCGACACGCCCCCUCUAUUAUAGACACACCCCUGGGAGAACAAGACCCCCCGAUCUCGCCUUUAUCAUUCAGCCAUUCACGGAGAGGGAGGAGUCCCAAGGAGGAGGUAGAGCUCUUCUACAAUGUAACGGUGUUUGGUCAGGAUCUCCAGCUGAGGCUGCGUCCAAACUCCCGACUCAUCGCCCCCGAAGCAAGGAUAGAGUGGGAGGAGUCAGGACACCUGCACUCAGAGCAAAUAAGAGAAGACAGCUGCUUUUAUACAGGAACAGUGUCAAACAUCGAGGACACAUCUGUGGCCAUCAGCAGCUGUGAUGGACUGGCUGGGAUGAUCUGGACCAGAGAAGAUGAGUUCUUUAUUGAACCUUUGGAUCAGUGGAGAUCAGGGGAACACGGUGAGGAAGAGGAGGAGGAAGGUGAACAAAGGCACAUCGUUUAUCGCUCCUCAGCCAUCAUCAAGAAACCAUCAGUUUCUAAUAGAACCAAAGAGGACUACAUGAGAGGUCCUCUCUUUGGGUCGAUGAACUUGACCAAAACAGCAGCUUUAUACAGGUCAGCCCGCCAGCGCCGUGACACCACAGACGAAAUGUUUCACAUCGAGGUUCUGUUGGCUGUGGAUUAUUCUCUGGUUCUGUUCCAUGGCCGAGACCACAUUCUGAAGUAUCUCCUGACCCUGAUGAACAUUGUUAAUGAGAUCUACCAGGACCACACCCUGGGGGCCAACAUCAACAUUGUUGUGGCCAGAAUCAUCAUGCUCUCUGCAUCCAAGUCCCAGGAGCUGAUCUCAGUUGGGAACCCUCAGAAGAGCCUGGAGAACGUUUGUGGAUGGUCAUAUCUCCAGCAGAGGGAGCAGAGUCAUGCUGAGCACCAUGACCACACCAUCUAUCUGACCAGGCAGGAGUUUGGCCCCACAGGCAUGCAGGGAUAUGCUCCAGUUACAGGAAUGUGUCAGUUGCAUCGGAGCUGUGUUCUGGUUCUGGAGGAUGGCUUCUCCUCGGCUUUUGUGGCUGCACACGAGACGGGACAUGUGUUGGGUAUGGAGCAUGACGGUGAGAUGAAUGACUGCUUUGAUGAUGUCCCUCUGGGCAGCAUAAUGUCUCCAAGGGUCCAGGCAUCUUUCUACCGUUACCACUGGUCUAGCUGCAGCUGGAGGGAGCUUCAGAGGUUCCUGCACACCUACGACUGUCUACGAGAUGAUCCCUUUAACCAUGAGUGGCCCACCCAGCCUCAGCUACCGGGCUUUCAGUACUCCAUGGACCAACAGUGUCGCUUCGACUUUGGGCCGGGAUUCAGCCUGUGUACUGCAUACAUGACCCCUGACCCCUGCAAACAGCUGUGGUGCAGCGACUACUACAACCCGUUGUUCUGUAAGACCAAAAAGGGUCCGCCUCUGGAUGGGACCAAGUGUGGACCGGGGAAGCACUGCUUCAAGGGUUUCUGCAUCAAGCUGACCCCUAACCUGCUGAAGCAACAUGGAAACUGGGGAAGAUGGAGUCCAUUCGGCAGCUGCUCCCGGACCUGCGGGGGUGGGGUCCGUUUCCGCACCAGACAGUGCGAUAACCCGCCUCCAGCCAACGGAGGGCGCACCUGCUACGGGAACAGCUAUGAGUUCCAGCUGUGCAGCCAAGAGGACUGCCCCCCCCUGACUGACUUCAGGGAGGAUCAGUGUAAAGCCUGGAAUCCGUUUUUGGAACAUGCAGGAAUGAAGCAUCACUGGCUUCCUUAUGAGCAUCCUGACCAGGAUGAGCGCUGUCGUCUCUACUGUCAGUCUAAGGAGACGGGCGCCGUGGUGUCCAUGAACAGAAUGGUGCAUGAUGGGACGCUGUGUUCCUAUAACGACGCCUACAGCAUCUGCGUCCGAGGAGAGUGUGAGCAUGUAGGAUGUGACGGGCAGAUCGCCUCUGAACAACGGGAGGACCAAUGUGGAGUCUGUGGAGGAGAUGACUCCAGCUGCAGGGUUGUGAAAGGGAACUUUACCCGAAGUACCAAGAGACCAGGUUACUUGAAAAUGUUGGAGAUUCCCAAAGGAGCCAGACAUCUUGUGAUCCAGGAGUUCAAAGGGACUCCUCAUGUUCUUGCUGUAAAGAACCUGGAGACGGAUAGUUUCUUCCUCAAUGAUGAACACGAGAUUCCUGAAAGCCGGGUGGUGAUUGAAAAGGGUGUGGUCUGGAAAUACAAUAAGACUGGUGAGCAGGAGACCCUCCAGACCACUGGGCCACUAAAGUAUGGGGUCAUACUAAUGGUACGUUCCCACCUAGACUCCAAGGUGACGGUGUCUUAUAAGUACAUCAUUCAGGAUCAUAUUCGUUCUUCUCUUGAGUCGAACCUGGUUCAAGAAGAAGGUCUUGUCUAUGAAUGGGCUCUGAAGAGGUGGUCCCACUGUUCCAAACCCUGUGGUGGAGGGACCCAAUAUACCAGGUUUGGCUGCAGAAGGAAGGUUGAUGGGAAAAUGGUUGAGAGGAUAUUCUGCUCCCACAUCAACAAACCUCGACCCAUCAGCCGCAAGUGCAAUACUGAAACCUGCAGAUCUCCACGGUGGGUGACUGGAGAAUGGGAAGCCUGCAGCGCCUCCUGUGGUCUGACUGGGUGGCAGCGGCGCUGGGUGAGCUGCCAGCAAGAGUCUAGCAGUGGGAAGCAGCAGAGCUCAGUGAACAGCAAACUGUGUGGUGACAACCGGCCAGAGUCCAAACAGACAUGCAACAGGUUCCCCUGCCCUGCAUCCUGGAGAACUGGACCCUGGACCCCUUGUUCAGUCUCUUGUGGAAACGGGACUCAAGAGCGUCAGGUUGCCUGUUUAAAUCCUGAGGGAUUAACUGGAAACUGCAGUGAUUCUCAGCCAAUAGAAACACGCUUUUGUCAGGCUCCGCCCUGCAGCGGAGAUCAGAAGAGCGCCAUCAUCCUGUGGCUUUCUAGAUCCAACCCAAACUUCCCGGCUCCACAGUUGUCUCCCAGACAGCGUUGCCGUGGUGACCGCUCCAUAUUUUGUCGGAUGGAGGCACUAAGUCGGUACUGUUACAUCCCCGGAUAUAGGCAGAUGUGUUACAAAUCCUGCAGCCAGAUGAACGUUAGCAACUCUGAUGGUUUCAGCAAAUCCAGCAACUUGAGUCCCAGAAACAGCUCAAGGGAGGUGACCGAAAUGAUAUCAGCGACCGAAGCUACCUCACCGGGUAGUGAUGUCACCAGGGAUGUCAUCAGCACACCACCCCCCACAAGCAGAAGCAGUUCCGACAUCGACUACAUGGAGUACAGCGAGUUUCUGACAUAUGACAAUGAAUUGCUGCCCUCUGAGGACUCAUCUAUUCUUCCAACUACAACAGCUGCUGUCCUUACAACCACUGUAACUACAGCUGUUACUACCACUACUACAGCUGAUACUACAGCAACUACUACAGCCAGUACUACAGUUGGGGCUACAAUACCUUCAGUCAAAGCUGCUCCAGCGUAUUCAUUAAACAGGAACACUGACCUACUUCCCUUAAUUACAGCUGAUCCAAACAAAACACAGGAACCAAUCAGAACAUCUGAUCUCCCAGAGUCCUCCACCGCUAAUCAAAACAUUGUCACCACUACACCAUCAGUAGCACCCUCUUCAGCACCAGUCUCAACAAAGGAGAACAACUCCGUGAACGAGGUUCAGUACCAGAUUGUUGGAACGGACAGUACUGCCACCAGAGAGCAGAAGAAUAUCUUUGUUCCACGGUUGCUGACCUUCCAUGAACGGACACAGAACAAACGUAUUCAGCAGCUCCUGAAAGAGAGACAGCUGCAGAACCUCCAAAGAAUGGGGAAUCGGACCAGAGCGAGGCGGACCCCCCUGGCACAGGUGAACAGGACCAGAUUGAGAGGGACGGAGAGAAGAGACUGAACUGGUUUUAAUCUAAGAGUUAGCUUAAUAAACUGUAAGCGAGAAGCAGAACCUGACAAAGAAGCCUUUAUCUUUAUGUCUCCUUAGCUUUAAAGCAAAGUUAAUACAUCAGGGGUAAAGACCAGAACCUGGACUGCAGAAAAGUCUGGGUCUGUUUUGGUUUUAUAUUCAUGUUGUCUGUACCAACUUAUCCUGUUUUGAAAUAAAGCGCAGUGUCAUCCAAC